AUGUCAAGCGACGAUAUCAUGAUAAAAAGGCGCCGUGUUGCAAGAGCAUGCGAUACCUGUCGAAGAAAAAAAGUCAGAUGCGAUGGGGUACAACCUGGAUCCGAUCCACCCUCAUGUACUAAUUUGUGCAUCGACCUCGAAUCAAGAUGGAUUGCAACACCCUAUUCGUUCAUCGACGCACCCAAAAAACGUGGUCCACCCAAAGGCUACAUCGAAGCACUCGAAACCCGUUUAAAACGUAUGGAAUCGAUACUCGGCGGCCUAGUACAAUCGGGCGAACUUCCCGAAGGUUCCGUCUCGUCCAGUACCCUCGAAUGGAUCAACGUUAGCGAACAAAAUUUCGCAUCGGGAACCUCGGUUCGAAGAGAAGGUGAAAGUGGUGGCGGUGGAACAUCACCCCACCAAUUCCUCGGCUCGUCGCGAACGAGUAAUGCAUCCGAAAGCAUAUUGUAUAAAUCAAAUCAUUCAAGCGAUAGCGAAGAAAAUCGUUCUUCGGGCUCGAGAGAGGAUGAAUCAACUAGUUACGAUCUUAACGACUCGAUGGGUCAACUGGCCAUUGAUGAAAAUGGCGAAACGAGAUACUUGGGCAAUAGCUCUGGCAUAUUUCUUUUAAGGAUUACCAAGAAUAUAGCCGAUGGUCAGUUGCUUAACGUAUCGAGAAGCGAUUGGCACGUACACGAGCCUGAGGAAAUAAAGAACAAACGACCAAUCGAAAUCGCUUUACCUUCGCGGGAAUUAUGCGAUGAAUUGGUCGAUACAUAUUUCCAAGAAAUUCAUCCAUGCAUUCCAUUCAUCGAUAAGACUGACUUUAUGGAAAAGUACAAGGAUUUGGAGAACAACCCUCAGGUUCUAGGUUUAUUGUUUGCUAUAAUGUCAGUUGCGGCUCGACAGAUCGAUCGACCGUCUGUCAGACUGCAUCCCGACGAACCAUCUACAGCAGGAGAUCAAUUUUUUUACAGAGCAAAAGAGCUCCUCGCGGACGACUUUGACGAAUCAAACAUAAUUACCUUGCAAGCACUUUUAGUCAUGGCCAUGAACCAACAAGGAAAAAAGAACUCUCGUUGCUGGCUAUAUACCGGCAUGGCUAUUAGAAUGGCUCAAGAUAUGGGAUUACACAGGGAUUCUUCAAAGUGGAAUUUAGAUGCUAGGCAAGCGGAAAUUAGAAAAAGAUUAUGGUGGGCCUGUUUCAUGAGUGAUCGCAUCGUAUCGGCUGGAUUAGGUCGGCCUGUAGUAAUUCAAGAACAAGACUUUGACGCACCUCUACCCAUUGCCGGCGCACUCGCCGAAGACGAUCCGGCCGUGAUCGAAACAUGGGUAAAAACCAUACAACUCACAGCAAUCCUUGGCCGUGUAAUUCAACACGUCUAUUGUAUAAAAUCAAAGCCCAUCUCGUCACCAAAUUGCGAGUCGAUUCUUGCCGAGUUGGACAGAGAAUUAAACGAGUGGCUAGACUCGUUACCGGAAUACUUGAGAUACGAACCGUCCAUGUCAUUUGUGGACCCCAAGAAUCAGAAGCGGGCAUUUUUCCAUUUACUAUUUUAUACCAUUCAGAUUUUGUUACAUCGACCGCAUAUCAAGGGACCACGAUCAAAGGGACCACCGAGUUCUAUCCCAUCUUUGACGAUAUGUACCAGGGCCGCCAAUAACAUUACGCAUAUUUCAUAUAGAACGAUGAAGGAGGGUGGUUUGAAAGUUAACUGGACACAUAAUCUGUAUUUCUUCUUUACGGCUACGGUUAUGCACGUAAUUAAUGCGUUGAGUGGCGAUGAGCGAUUUAGAGAAGUUGCAAAGCAAGGUUUGCGCAUGUCGCUCAAGUGUCUCGAGACAUUAGGGCCAUUCUGGUGUACUGCAGGCAAGUGCGUACUCAUGAUACGUGAUCUUCUCAAACGACGAGGAAUCGACCUUGACGGCCACGACGGAAAAGCCUAUACACCGAGCGAGUCUAUGAGACCAUCAAGCCUUUGCACAAUGAGCAGUCGUCCUUACGAACCACCGGCAUCUAAUCGUACAAUUACAUUUGCUCCAUCACAAUCUGCUCAAUUACAAUCAGCUCAACCGCCGCCUACGCCCACCGUCCCGUCGUCAACAGCCGAUUUCGACAUGGCUCAACAGAUGGUGGCAGAAAUUAGCAGUAAUGCCAACUAUUCUCCAUCGUCGGCUUCGUCGGGAUCGCCGAAUUUUGUAAAUUUCGGUGAAUUUUUAUCAAGCGAUACUUCUGAUGUAUUCUUUCCGCCAAACGCAGAUGCAUUUGCUGUGGACGUGUCGAGCUUUAUUUUCGAUGAAGAGGACCCAAUGGGAAAUGGGAAUCCUUUCUGGACCAUUCCGUCUUCGUAUGAUCUUAAUGAUUGGUCGGAAUAUAUUAGAGGAGUCACAGGGUUGGGAUUGGGAAGCGAUGUUACAAGUGCUACUGUUGGAGAAACAAAUGUUGGCGCUGCAGUAAGUGUUGGAGAGUGCAAGGAGGAGAUUGUAAAAGACAAAUGGAACAAAUGGUUUUGA